CUUAAAUAAAAAUAAUAAGUACUAUAAUUUAUUUUGAAGAAGAAGACCCUAGUUCCCUUUUAUCUAAAUCCAUUGGAAGCCGAUUGCCGCUAGCAAAAUCUCCCGAAGAGCAUCCAGUUUGAUCAGCCAUCCCAGUAGUUGCCAUGAAAGGCGAUCAUAGAUCGCUUCUACUUGCUACAGUCCUAAUUUCAUCACUACUACUUUCGGCUUUCAUACACGAUACAAGAGCUGAAGUCAUAACCCUAACUGAAAGUACCUUCUCCGACAAGGUAAAAGAGAAAGACACUGCUUGGUUUGUGAAAUUCUGUGUUCCUUGGUGCAAGCAUUGUAAGAAGUUGGGUUCUUUGUGGGAGGAUCUUGGAAAGACAAUGGAAGGGGAGGAUGAAAUAGAGGUUGGUGAAGUGGACUGUGGUACUAAUAAACCUCUUUGUUCAAAAGUUAAAAUCGGAUCGUAUCCCUCAUUCAAGCUUUUCUAUAAUGGAGAAGAAGUUGCCAGAUAUCGAGGUGCAAAGAAUGUUGAGUCGAUGAAAACAUUUUUUCAGGAGGUCUAUCUGAAAAUUAUCCGAGCAGACAUACACUAGUUUCAUGACAUUAUUUUAUAGUUGUACAACAUUAUUGGCGAUCACGCAGCUAAUAUUUUAUUUUGAUAGAAACUGUUUUGGGGAUGAACUAUUAUUAUGCAUUUUCUUUCCCCCAAUUUUUUAUUUUUAUUUUUUUGUACUGUUGUCAUUGUAGACCUUGCAAUCAGAGUUUUGUGAUGGGGCAAUAGUUUUCUGUUAUGCGAAUUAGAUCAUAUAUGGUAUGGGAGCCAGGAAAAUUAAAUUAUGAUUGGUUGCUCAAGAUAGAAUCCGGAGAAAAAGUAUAUAAACCGAUAGAUCUUUGUAAUUUUUUUUUCUGCGAGUG